AUAUGGCAGGUCGAGGACGAGGUAAAGGAAAGUUCUCGUUUGAUGUUAGUAAAGUUGGCAUUCAGAGAGGUGAAGCAUUACCAGCAUCGCUACAACAACCUCCCCCACUUUAUCUUCCCAUCAAAUUGAAACCACUUCCUUUGAACAACUCAGAGAAGGAGGAGUAUUUGGUUGCUGUAAAGCAUGAAUUUCGAGGACUGAUGAAGGAUUCUGAUUAUUUCAUCAAACCUGACAUUGUCAAGAAAGACAUGGAAAGAUAUUCCGACAGGUACAGUUUUCAGAAUCCUGCCACUACAUCCCCGUAUUAUUCAAAAUGGGAACCAGUGUGGAAGAGAUUUCCUGAAGAACUAAGAGAGAGAAAGCGUAAAGUUCGAGCCAACUCAUCAACCCCCAAUUUAAAACGGUCAAGACCUGCACCCAACAUUGCUCAAGAUGUUGUAGAAAAAUUAGAUGAACUGGCAAAAAAAGGAGAUAAUGACAACGAAGAGGAAGAUGAAGAAGAAGGAAAUGGGGAAGGAGCUGAAGAAAUUGAAUAUGACGAAGAGGAACAAGAAGAGGACAAUGAUUACCUUGUUUGUCAUUAUGAUGAUGGAGAAGAAGUUGGUUUUCAAGAUGACGAUGACAUGGACGAGGGGCCAACAUACUAAACAAGAGUGCUUCAGGUUAAAGCCUUGUCUUUAUUCAAUAUCAAUUUACAAACAAUGGAAAGAUUUGACAAUAUUGACUUGGACACAGGUAAAAAUGAGCAGAGCAUUUCAACUAUGGAAACUUUUAAAAUAUUUAUCCAAAGUCCAAGUGAGAAAUGAUCUAAUUUAUCACCUUAAGGAUUCAAUAAUACUAAAGAUCAAUCCUUCAGCAA